AUGGGCGAUUACGAACCAGAGGGAGGAUAUGAUGGAGGCGAUGAUGAGGGAUUCGAGGAUGAGGAAUACGAGGAGUAUGUCGAGGAGGCAGCUGAUACUACACAAUACACAGAUAUAGUCGAUCCUAAUGCACAGCAGGAUGGAGGCGAGUUGGGCAAGGUCCCCUCGCAUCUUAGAAAGACGACACGAUACAUGACAAAGUAUGAGAGAGCAAGAUUGCUAGGCUCACGCGCACUACAAAUCAGUAUGAAUGCACCUAUCAUGGUCGAGCUCGAGGGUGAGACCGAUCCCCUACAGAUCGCAUGGAAAGAGUUGAGAGCAAAGAAGAUUCCACUCAUCAUUAGAAGGUUUUUGCCCAAUGGAGGUUAUGAAGACUGGUCUGUAGAUGAGUUGAUUGUAGCUUAA